CUCGCAUAAAUAAGGCAUCCGUAUCGUCAGAGAUUAUAAGCGAAACCCUCAGUGGAAGAAUAACGGAGUUAAAACGGGACAACUGGAAUUUUGACAUUGAACGGAAGACGUUAUAGCCGCACUCACAUACAGGUUUGGAGUCAUGACUUUGAACAAAGGAGACAAGUUGAGGAACAUGGAUAAGAGGAGAGGUAGCAUGCCGUUUCCCCUCCACCUGCAGAACUUGCACAGAAGGAGCAUGCCAGUGGACGACCGAGAGCUGCACUCGAUGCCCGAGGCUCAACCCACCGAGCUGUCCAGCCUCAUGCGCUACUGUCCGGGAGAGCAGCACAGGAACAGCUGCGUGUCCGACUCCUCCGACUCGGUCAUCUCCUCCGGCAGCGACUCAGACGGACAGGUCUACAAGGUGGUUCUCCUGGGCGAGCACGGCGUUGGGAAGUCGAGUUUGGCGAGAAUAUUCGGUGGAGUUGAAGACAGUAGCGACUGCGAGGAAACGGGAAACACAUAUGACAGAUCCCUUGUGGUUGAUGAUGAGGAGACGUCAAUCCUUCUGUAUGAUAUAUGGGAACAGGAUAACAGCCAGUGGCUGAAAGAUCAGUGCAUGCGUAUGGGAGAUGCCUAUAUCAUCGUGUACUCGGUGACAGACAAGUCCAGUUUUGAGAAAGCUUCAGAGCUACGAAUCCAGCUGCGCAGAGCUCGGCAGUCAGAAAACAUCCCCAUCAUCCUGGUGGGAAACAAGAGUGACUUGGUGCGGUCCCGAGAAGUUUCUGUAGAUGAGGGCAGUGCCUGUGCCGUUGUGUUUGACUGCAAGUUCAUUGAGACCUCAGCUUCCCUGCAUCACAAUGUGCGCGACCUCUUCGAGGGCAUCGUACGGCAAAUUCGCCUUCGCAAGGACAGCAAGGAAGAGAACGCCCGCCGCAUGGCCAACUGCAAGCGCCGCGAGAGCAUCAGCAAAAAGGCCAAACGUUUCCUGGGCCGUAUGGUGGCCCGGAAGAACAAGAAGAUGGCCUUUAGACAGAAGUCCAAAUCCUGUCACGACCUGUCAGUGCUCUGAAAAACUGGACUAAUGUGCGCUCUGAUACCCACGACCAGAAGCUGUGUGUUUUAAUGUUAAUAUAAGGACUAUUUAGCUGUACAGACAAAUAUGAACUUGUUUUGUAAACUGAAAAGGAGAUUAUAUAUGAAACAAAACUGACAAAAUCAUGUUGAUUAUGAUGGCCGGCAUGAGGCUUUUUUAUUGUUACGUUACUUUUUUUUUUGUUUCGUUGCCUUAAUAUGUAUAGUUGUCAAAUUCUACGCAUGUAAAUAGGAGGUAAAUCCACCAAUCACAAUGUUCCCUUCGGAGAGCUAUGGUUAUGUUUGCACGGAGGCAAAAGAAAUUGGUUCUUUUCCUGAUGUGGACUACAGCUGUAUCAGAUGUGGAAUGCACAUGUGUGCAUAUAGAUGAGCACAAGUAAUUUUUUCUUGUUUAAAUAACAUGGAAUCUAAUGUUACUUGAAACUGAGUGCGCAGGUUCGUAACUCAGCCAAGACACCAAACUAGAAGGUUUGGGGUUUUUUUUUUUUGCGUGGGGUAGGGGAGGGCAAGAGGCAAUAUAAGAAGUUUCAAUAUAAGAGGUCUGACAUAUAGCUACUUCGACAUCUAUGCUCCGUGUGCAAGUGACGACAUAGAAGCAAUAAAUUAUGUUUUGUGAGCUGUUUUUAACAACGUUUGAUUUGCACUUAAAGGCAUUUAAUAUUAUUGAGUUGUUAAUUUUGUUACAUGUUUACAAUUGUUUUUUUAAUAAAAAAAAAAUAUA